CACUUACAACAGAAGGCCCUCAUGAAGUUGAACUGGCUUCUCACCUGUGGAGUUCACCGGCUUUCAUGUCCGGUGAAUGACGCAGUUAGACAAAGAUGGGUUAUCCCUGCGUCCACGGUUCCACACAAGAAAUGUCUGAAAUGUAUGAAGAGAGCAGCCUAAUUCAGUUUAUACUUUAAUCACUCAAAACAAACAAACAAACAGACUCAUAAUCAUCUGUACAGUUUACAACUGUAAUAGAGUGGUACCGUCGUGCGUAAAGAUGGUACGCUCCACCUGCUGCCUAUAAGUGUCUGCAAAGCGCAUUAAGUUCCCCACUUUUAUCUCUGACUCACAGCGAAGAUGAACCACGGUGACCGCUACACCUCCUCAUCCUAUCGAAAGAUUUUCGGGGACUCUCCCAGGUUCUCCGCCUCCAGCUAUCGCACGAGCAGCUCCUCUCCCCGGGGCUCUCCGGUGCUCCGGCCAGGGGCAAUGUCAUCCCGCAACAGCGCGAGCUCUAUGAGCGUGUACAGGCGGGUCGGUCGCUCCUCCAUGUCCUUCUCUCCGAUGAUCGGUGACUCCUUGGACCUGUCUCAGACCUCUGUGGCCAACAAUGAACUCAAAGUUAUCAGGACCAACGAGAAGGAGCAGCUGCAGGGUUUGAACGACCGCUUCGCCAUGUUCAUCGAUAAAGUGCGUAACCUGGAGCAGCAGAACAAAGUGUUGGAGACGGAGCUGGUGACACUGCGGCAGAAACAAGGCGAGCCUUCCCGAGUCGCUCUGCUCUACCAGCAGGAGAUGAGAGAUCUGAGGUCACAGGUAGAGGAACUGAACCGAGACAAGAACCACAUCCUGAUUGAGAGAAACAACCUGGAGGAUGAGCUGCAGAAGGUAAGUAUAAAGUAUGAGGAGGAGUUGAGGACCCGCGAGGAAGCUGAGGGGACCUUGAGGUCCUUCAGAAAGGAUAUAGAUGAUGCUGCAGCUGUCCGCCUGGACCUGGAGCGCCGUGUGGAGUCGCUGAUGGACGAAAUCUCCUUCCUGAGGAAAGUGCAUGAUGAAGAAAUCCAGGAGCUGAGCAGCUUGAUGGAUGCGCAGCAAGUCUCCGUGGAGCUGGAGCUCGCCAAACCCGACCUCACCUCAGCUCUGAAGGAGAUCCGCAACCAGUACGAGUCCAUCGCCUCCAAAAACCUGCAUUCAGCUGAGGAGUGGUACAAGAACAAGUUUGCCAGCCUAAGCGAGCAGGCCACCAGGAGCAACGAGGCCAUGAGGGCGAGCAGGGAGGAGAUCAGUGAGUUCAGAAGGCAGCUGCAGUCCAAGACCAUCGAGAUUGAGACCCUGAGGGGUGCCAAUGAGUCUCUGGAGAGGCAGAUCACAGAGAUGGAGGAUGGAAACAACUCUGAAGUCACAGCCAUGCAGGACACUAUUAGCCAUCUGGAUUCUGAGCUGAGGAAUCUGAAGGGUGAGAUGGCUCAGCACCUGAGAGAGUAUCAGGACCUGCUUAAUGUCAAGAUGGCCCUUGACAUAGAGAUCGCUGCCUACAGGAAACUCCUGGAGGGGGAGGAGACUCACUUUAACUCGGGGAUAUCGUUUGGUGCUGCCAGCUACAGCUACCAGCCUCGAGGCUCCAUUGGCUCCUCCAGGAGCCACCAGAGGGAGAAAGAAGGGGCCACAAAAGAGAGCUUCAAGGAGAGCCGUGAGGAUAAAGACGAGGCAGACAUCAACUCCAACAACUGACGAGAGACGUCUACAGAGAUCUGGAGAGUGAAAAGGGGCAUGUGCUGUUUGUGUAUUGUGAGUUUUUUAGCAACUCUAAUACAAAUGCUUCGGAAUUAGAGAUGGAAGUCAAUGUUAUGGGUGAUACAAUGCUUAAAUGUAAUAUUAAAUGUUAAAGCUUUUCAGGUGUGCAGGUCUCUGUAGAGCUUUAGAGGACACAUUUUCUCAUAACAAAAGAAAAUGGCAGUACCAAGUUGAACAUAAAAAUGAAACUUACCUCAAAAAAACUCAACCAAAUGUACUGUAAGCCUUCAGGAAACAUAUGCAUGUCAAGUAGUGCUGAAUGUUCUGGCUUCAAUCUGUGUGUGGAUGAAUUUAAACCAGAGGUAAAGGUGAAAAAAAGGGGAAAGUUUCAGAUUUGCUUUAAAGGAUCAAAUUAAAGGUUUGAGAUCAUGUAGUUUAAUCAAGCUAAAGUGCCAGAUUAAGUCAUGAACUAACAUUUUUCUGGAGUCCCUGGAAGGUUGAUUGCACAUAAUAAAAACUUAAAACUAAAACACUGGAGCCCAUGAGCACCUUAUAUCACACACUAAAUAGCACUUUAGGCAUAUAGUGUUUUGUUUUGGUAGUAACUGAAACAAUGGCUGUCAUUGUGAUUUACAUUGUACACAGUGUUUCAUCAAAUAGACCAUGUAGUCCAACAAGUCCCUCCACUUGUCUGCUGUGGACACAUGAUAAUUGCUGUUCCUUCAGUUGCUCAAUAAACCAAGAAAAACGA